CGGCGGAAGGGGCAGAUAUUUUUCGGUUCUGUGACGGCUUUCCGAGUUUGGUGGAUUGUGUCGAGAGAGUCAGAGAGGGACACCAAAGCCGGCUACGGCCAGUCCCCAGUCAGCCUAGCUUCGCUCGCUGUUCGUUCGUCCUGAUAGCUUGAAACCGCCAUGGCCAUGGGGCUCCCCGGCCACCGCUGCUGCCGCCUUCCCGCUCUCGGGUCGGUCACUCCACUCUGUCCCGCCCUCGCUCGCAGGCCCCUCCCGCGGACCUCGGAUCUCCGCUACUCCUCCCUCGAAGCCCAAGGAUCUAGAAGACGAAGGGUUCCGGAGACCUGCUCUCCUGAUCGCAGAUGCACCUCUGCGGUCGGGACGAAGGGAACUAAAAGACGGCUCAGCUAUGAAGAGAGGCGAAAGCGAACUGGGAUCUGGGAUGAAUUGGAGGCUGGCUGCCGGGCUCCUUUUAUAGGGCCGAGUCCGCGACCCCGUGCUUAUCCACCCACGAAAAUCUCGCAAUCAGUUGAGAUUUUGUAGCGAUCGGUUAGGAUAAGCGUAACAGCCAAGAAACCAAAAAAUCAAACGGCAAAAGGUAGUCGCGCCCCCGCAAGGCGAGGGGCCGGAUUUCGGCGGACCAUUCACGCGCAUGUCGUGCGCCCGCGCCCUUCGCCCCGCCCCGCCCCGGCCAGGCCAGGCCAGGCCAGGCGAGGCGAGGCGAGGCGAGCGAGCGCGCGCGCGCGUGUGGCUCUCCACACUCUCUCCUCUCAUCCAUGACUUGGUGAGUGAGUGUGGCUUCCAUAUUUAAGUUAGCUCUACUCCACAAGAGCUAGCAAUAUGGUGCUAUUGGUUCCACCUAUCCCUUUGCCAUCCACUUAUAUGGGCUUUUGAGAUUUUCCUGGGAUUUAUUUGAAUAACUUAAUUGGGCCAAGCCCAUAAAUCCUAACAAUCCCCCACCAGAUCUCAAAUGCCCAUCUGCAGUUUUCGCCACUGUUCACUACUGUUUAAUAUACUAGUUUUUCAGCAGAGACUGUUAAGUUGAACUUCCGCCUAGAACUCCAAGUUACACCAACCCACAACUUGGACAAUGGACUAUGCCUUGAAUUGCAAGUUUUGCGUGAAUGGGUUUCACUUGAAGUCAUGACCAGUACUUGGCUACCAGUAGUCCCCUUCUCGGGUGGAGCAUAUACGUCGUACUCCAAGGUCUCUUCAUGAGUUUACUAGAGAUCACCCAAAUCUCAUAGACUGCGACGUUAGACAGUCUAACUCAUAUAGGUGUGUUUUUUCAAAGAAUGUUCUGCAGGACAACAUCUUCGCUAAUACAAGCCAACAGAACACAUUAAGGCACAAAGCCAACCUGCCUUACAGCAUUUGAGAGUAUUGCAUCUUUACUUAGAGAGGGUCAAAAGUUACUCUCCUCAGUUCACCAAUGGCUUGUUCUUCCCAGGACCUAAUUCACGGGAUCUCCGAUCACAUAGACUGGGUUUCCACCAUGGCAACUUUAUUCGGGUCUCAUACCCAUCUCUCUCGAUGCGAUUUCUAUCACAUUACGUGGUAGUCCCUUGGUAAAAGGAUCUGCCAGAUUUUUAUCUGUUGAAAUAUAAGUCACACUUAUAACUCCGGAGUUUCUCAACUUUCUGACAGACUUCAAUCGUCUUUUGACAUGUCUUGAUGACUUUCCAUUAUCCUUAGAACUCGUCACUUUAGCAAUCACUGUCUGAUUGUCACAGUUCAUAAGGAUAGCUGGUAUUGGUUUCUCAACCACCGGCAAGUCCAUCAAGAGUUCACGCAACCAUUCUGCCUCAACGGUUGCUGUGUCAAGUGCAGCUAGCUCGGCUUCCAUGGUUGACCUCGUCAAAAUGGUCUGCUUGCAUGACCUCCAUGAUACCGCACCUCCACCAAUAGUAAAGACAUAACCACUGGUGGCAUAAAGCUCGUCUGCAUCAGAUAUCCAGUUUGAAUCACUAUAUCCUUCAAGUACUGCAUGCUGACCAGAAUAGUGAAUUCCAUAACUCAUUGUACCUUGCAGGUAGCGCAUAACCCGCCCAAGUGCAUGCCAAUGAUCAGUCCCGGGGUUUGACAUGAACCUACUCAAUUUGCUCACAGCAAACGAGAUAUCGGGCCUUGUUGCACCAGCAAGAUACAUGAGUGAACCGACAAUCUGAGAGUAUCUCAAUUGGUCUAAACCAAUUCUCUUGUUCUUUCGCAGUGUCACACUGGGAUCAUAAGGUGUUGGAGAAGGUUUGCACUCAGAGAAGCCAAAUCGCUUCAAAACCUUUUCAACAUAGUGAGAUUGCGAGAGAGUAAUCCCACCAUCUGCCUUAAUCAGCUUGAUGUUUAGAAUCACAUCAGCUUCUCCCAGAUCUUUCAUAUCAAAACUCUUUGAUAGAAAAGACUUGACUUCAUUGAUCACAUCAAUGUUUGUGCCAAAUAUCAAUAUAUCAUCAACAUAUAAGCACAAUAUAACUCCUUCGCCCCCACCACAGCGAUAAUAUACACACCUGUCUGCCUCAUUAAUGGCAAAGCCUGCAGACGUUAGAGUAGUGUCAAACUUCUCAUGCCACUGCUUUGGUGCUUGCUUCAGACCAUACAAAGAUUUCAAUAACUUGCACACCUUGCUUUCUUGACCCUUUACUACAAAUCCAUCAGGCUGUUCCAUAUAGAUUUCCUCGUCCAGCUCUCCAUUAAGAAAAGCUGUCUUUACAUCCAUCUGAUGAACAAGGAGACCAUACGAGGCAGCCAAAGAAAGUAGUACUCGAAUAGUGGUCAUUCUAGCAACAGGUGAGUAAGUAUCAAAGAAGUCUUCUCCUUCUUUCUGAGUAUAGCCUUUAGCCACAAGCCUAGCCUUGUACUUUUCAAUUGUACCAUCAGGCUUGAGCUUCUUUUUAAACACCCACUUACAACCCACGGGUUUGCAUCCAUAGGGUCGAUCAGUGACUUCCCACGUACCAUUUGAAAGAAUAGAGUCCAUCUCAUUAUGAACUGCUUCUUUCCAAUUAUCUGCAUCUGGAGAUGCAAAUGCUUCUGCAAUGGUAGUAGGAGUAUCGUCCACAAGGUACACAAUGAAAUCAUUACCAAAGGAUUUUUCAACCCUUUGUCUCUUGCUCCUUUUAGGAGCAUCAUUGUCAUCCUCCUCUAGGACAAUUUCAUGUGGUUGUUCAAAACUCUCAAUAGGUGUAUUAUGUUCAGGAAUUAUCUCAGAAGAGUAUCUAGAAUUGCUAUGAAUGUCUUUCAUUGGAAAUAUAUGCUCAAAGAAAGUAGCAUCACGUGAUUCCAUAAUAGUAUCAACAUACACAUCAGGAACUUCAGAUUUAACUACUAAAAAUCUAUAUGCUAUGCUACACGAAGCAUAUCCAAGAAAGACACAAUCCACUGUCCUUGGACCAAGCUUGCGCUUUUUAUUAAUUGGUACAUUGACUUUCGCCAUGCACCCCCAAGUGCGCAAGUAUGAAAGUGAUGGUUUUCUCCCAACCCACUUCUCAUAAGGGGUUUUCUCUUCUUUGCCCAUAGGAAUUCUAUUCAGAACAUGACAUGAAGUCAGGACUGCCUCCCCCCACCAUGCCUUAGAUAAACCACAAGUGUCUAACAUGGCAUUCACCAGGUCAGUCAACGUACGGUUUUUCCUUUCAGCAAUCCCGUUUGACUCGGGUGAAUAGGGAGGAGUCCUCUCAUGAAUAAUGCCAUGUUCUGCACAGAAAUCAUCAAAGACUUUGGGAAAGAACUCGCCACCACGAUCUGAUCUAAGACGUUUGAUCUUUCUCUCUAGUUGGUUUUCAACCUCAGCCUUAUAGAUUUUAAAGUAGUCUAAAGCCUCAUCUUUAGUUUUUAGCAAGUAUACAUAGCAAAAUCUAGACGCAUCAUCAAUCAAUGUCAUGAAGUAUCUCUUACCACCUUUUGUCAACACACCAUUCAUCUCACAAAGAUCAGAAUGUAUGAGUUCUAGUGGUGCCAGGUGUCUCUCCUCAGCAGCCUUAUGAGGCUUUCGAGGUUGCUUCGACUGCACACAACUAUGGCACUUAGAACCUUUGACUAUGGUGAUAUUCGGAAUUAAACUCAUGGUUGCAAGCCGAGACAUAGAGCCAAAAUUAAUAUGACACAAACGAGAAUGCCAAAUACUCGCAAGAUCAUCAACAUUAGCACAAAUAUGGUUCACAGACUUAUUAUUGAAAUCUAACAAAGAAAAGCGGAACAAGCCUCCGCAAUCAUAGCCUUUACCAAUAAAUUGUCCAGACUUGGACACAACUAAUUUAUUGGACUCUAAAACUACCUUGAACCCAUCUCUACAUAGAAGGGUUCCGCUAACGAGAUUCUUGUGUAUAGAAGGGACAUGAUGCACGUUCUUCAGCUGCACGAUCUUUCCCGAAGUAAACUUCAGAUCCACCGUGCCAGUGCCAUGAACAGAAGCAUGUGACCCAUUCCCCAUUAGCACGGAAGAAUCCCGGGCGCCCUGAUAAGAAGAGAACAAGUUGAUGUCAGAACACACAUGAACAUUAGCACCAGUAUCAAGCCACCAGCUAGGUGAUUGAAAUACUGAGAAGAUGAAAGGUAAAUUACCAUACCCUUUGUCUUCCUCAUUGCUAGCGACCACUGUGUUGACAUUGCCCUUUUUGCCACGGCGAUCCGCUCGAUCGGGACAAUCCUUGGCAAAAUGACCCGCCUCGCCACAUGCGAAACAUGUCAAUUCAGCCUUGUUCUUCUUCUUCUUGAAGUUGGUAGUUUUGUUGGGCUUGUUAGAUUUUGGCUUUCCUUUGCCCUUGUUGUGGUUCUUCUGAACCAUGUUGGCGCUGGAGUGGCCCUCGCCUCCUUUAGAUCCCGUGUCCUUAGCCCGAGCUUUCUCCUCAACAUCCAGAGACGCUAUCAGAUUUUCAACUGAUAUCUCCUGUCUCUUAUGUUUCAGAGCUGUGGCGAAGUUCCUCCAUGUAGAAGGCAACUUUGCAAUAAUGCAUCCGGCCACAAAUCGGUCAGGAAGGACUAUCUUAAGGUGGUCGAGCUCCUUGGCUAUACACUGUAUUUCAUGAGCUUGCUCUACAAUAGAGCGAUUAUCAACCAUCUUAUAAUCAUGAAAGCUCUCCAUGAUAUACAGGUCACUGCCAGCAUCUGAUGCACCAUACUUAGUAGUAAGUGCAUCCCACAACUGUUUCCCGUCUGUGUACUGCAUAUUCGCAUCAACGAGACGGUCAACAAGGGCGCUAAGAACGGCUCCCGUGAACAUAGUAUUGGCAUGGUCGUACUCUUUCUCCUGUUCAGGAGUCAGUGGACCCUCAGGUCUGCCUUUACUAACAUGGAAGACAUUCAUAGCAGUAAGCCAGAGCGUGGCCUUGACUUGCCAUCUCUUAAAGUGCAUACCAUUAAACUUUUCUGGCUUCAGCGCGUCGGCAAAAGCAGCCAUAGAAAAACUAGGAAAUUGUCUACAAUAAGGUUUUUGGAUUGUUGAACAAUUAGACAAAUUCCAAAUUAAAUUCCGAAUAUAAAUCAUGACCAAAUCAGAAGAACUGAAAUAAAAGCCAAAUCAGAUGAUGCGUACUGAUUAGACUUACUGAUUGUUGGCGCGCGCCAGGAUCAGCUGGGUCGACGAGGUCAGCAGAUCACGAGCAGUCGCGUGAAGACGCUUCCCAAAAACCUUAUUCGCCCUCUCCCGGUGCAGGAUCUAGAAGACGAAGGGUUCCGGAGACCUGCUCUCCUGAUCGCAGAUGCACCUCUGCGGUCGGGACGAAGGGAACUAAAAGGCGGCUCAGCUAUGAAGAGAGGCGAAAGCGAACUGGGAUCUGGGAUGAAUUGGAGGCUGGCUGCCGGGCUCCUUUUAUAGGGCCGAGUCCGCGACCCCGUGCUUAUCCACCCACGAAAAUCUCGCAAUCAGUUGAGAUUUUGUAGCGAUCGGUUAGGAUAAGCGUAACAGCCAAGAAACCAAAAAAUCAAACGGCAAAAGGUAGCCGCGCCCCCGCAAGGCGAGGGGCCGGAUUUCGGCGGACCAUUCACGCGCAUGUCGUGCGCCCGCGCCCUUCGCCCCGCCCCGCCCCGCCCAGGCCAGGCCAGGCCAGGCCAGGCCAGGCCAGGCGAGGCGAGGCGAGCGAGCGCGCGCGCGUGUGGCUCUCCACACUCUCUCCUCUCAUCCAUGACUUGGUGAGUGAGUGUGGCUUCCAUAUUUAAGUUAGCUCUACUCCACAAGAGCUAGCAAUAUGGUGCUAUUGGUUCCACCUAUCCCUUUGCCAUCCACUUAUAUGGGCUUUUGAGAUUUUCCUGGGAUUUAUUUGAAUAACUUAAUUGGGCCAAGCCCAUAAAUCCUAACACUAACAGCUGGGGACACUAUUGGGGAGGAGGUCCUGCGCAUGUUCCUUGAGGAGAGGCAACUGCACGGCGAUUUCGUCACCAAGAUCUCUGACAUGGUCUGGAGGAGGAAUGGCGGCAAUGUUGAUGCGGUUGAGGCGACCACAGACCAAGGCAAUGCUGUAGAUGUUGCUCAGCCUGAAGACGUGCGGGAAGAUGUUGUGGACGACGGAAUGUUGAGACUAGCGGCAACCAGAGGUUGGGUGCCCGGUGACAGCAGCCCUCCUUUGAGCAAGAGGCUUUCAGCUAAGGAUUGGCAGAAUGAGAGAGACAAAAGGAAGGAGCUGAAUCUUUUGAAAUAUGAAGCACUCAAGGAUGAAUUGCUGCUCUUGACCACAGGGAUUGGAGCAGCAUGUAGUUUAUACUGUCUCCUGGUUUUCUCUCUCGAGACUGCUGUCAGUUAUGCUUUGGGGGUUGGUUUCAGCUGCUUGUAUCUUCAACUUCUGUGUCAACAUGCUGAUAACCUAUCAAAGCAAGAUAUUCCACAAGUUUUUCUAAAGAAGAAAGUGAAGAAAAUUGGCAUUACAAGUGAAGAUUUGAAGAAUACAAUAGAGAAGACAUUGGGUGGUGGAAGAGUAGCUCUUUCAUCCCCAAGGCUUGUGAUUCCUGCCGUGAUUUUUGGAUUGUCAGCUUUAUCAGACCACUUCAAAAAUAGUUUUUUCAGUUUUGAGGUUCUUCCAGGGAUGAUGGGUUUCCUCGCAUACAAGGCUGCAGCUUUGGUUCAGGUCUACAGAGAUAACGAGGAUCUCCGCUUGAUACUUCCUGAGGAAGAGGAUGCUGACAGUGAAAGCACUUGAUGCAUACAAAUUAGAGAUUAUGUUAACCUGUUGAUAAAAACAGAACGGUCUGAUUUACUGAGUCAUGCUUCAGUUCUGAAAAAAAAUCUCUUAAGGAUAUCCUAAAAUUCGUUUGCUUGAACAGCCUAGUGCCAGGAGUCCAGGACAGCUCACUACUAUUAAAAUGAGAUGUAAAAUUACCUGAUAAUGUCAUAAUUUUUCACAAACCAAACAACUUCAACUCGUCAUAGCAAGGCUUCUGAUUGUUAACCCAGACAAGAGAGUUUUUUUUUACUAUUAUGAUACUCAUAAGAAGUGGCUUCUCUACAAUAGUAUCAAUAGAUUGGAAUUCUCUAUAAUGAUAUUUGUAAGCGAGGAACUUCUCCAAAACGGUAUUUCACCAAUACUUAUUGUAUUUUCUUA